AUGCAGGCUUUCUUGCUUUCCCAGCAACUUAAUGCUAGGUCUUUGACAACAAACUUCACGGAUUGUCCAGCAAAUGCUACUAUUUGCAGUGGUACAUCUUGUGUGUUACCAGAAGAUGAUUUUAACCGUACUUUGAGUGUAAUUUUAAGUACUGUUCUGACAAUCAUGCUGGCUUUGGUGAUGUUCUCCAUGGGUUGCAAUGUGGAAGUUAAAAAAUUCUGGAACCACAUAAAAAGGCCCUGGGGUAUUUUUGUGGGUUUCCUCUGUCAGUUUGGAAUUAUGCCUCUCACAGCUUUCUUGCUGUCACUGGCCUUUAAUGUGCUUCCUAUUCAAGCUGUUGUGGUGCUUAUCAUGGGAUGCUGUCCAGGAGGCACAGCCUCCAAUAUCAUCGCUUAUUGGGUGGAUGGUGACAUGGACCUAAGCAUCAGCAUGACAACUUGCUCCACAUUGCUUGCAAUGGGGAUGAUGCCACUCUGUCUCUUUGUUUAUACCAAGAUGUGGACUGAUUCUGAUGCAAUUGUACUCCCCUACAACAGCAUUGGAAUUUCACUGGUAGCUCUUGUAAUUCCUGUUUCGUUAGGAGUGUAUGUUAACCACAGAUGGCCUAAGAAAGCAAAAAUCAUACUUAAGAUUGGUUCCAUAGUGGGAGCGAUCCUUAUCGUGCUCAUUGCUGUCGUUGGGGGAAUACUCUACAAAGGCUCCUGGAUUAUCUCACCUAAAUUAUGGAUCAUUGGUACCAUAUUUCCAGCAGCUGGCUAUUCUCUGGGAUUCUUUCUGGCCCGCUAUGCUGGUCUGUCUUGGAACAGAUGUCGUACAGUGUCUCUGGAAACAGGCAUGCAAAACACUCAGUUAUGUUCAACGAUAGUACAGCUCUCCUUCAGUCCUGAACAACUUGAAUUGAUGUUUACAUUCCCACUCAUCUACAGCAUUUUCCAGCUGUUGUUUGCACUAAUAUUUUUAGCAGGCUACCGUGUUUACAGAAGAUACCAUGUCAAACCGAAGACAGAUGUUGAGAAAACAGAAGAAAAAGAUGAUUCAAAAUCAAUUUCAUCACAUGCUAAAACAAAUGGAGGUUUUGUAUCAAAUGAGACAAAAUAGACAAUCAUCUCUCUGUUCCCAUCAACUGAAAAGAUAUAAGAUAUAUGGUUUACUUAAACUUCUUUUCAGAUGCUGU